AUGGUCCAGGCCUUGAACCACCAGAGACUGUGUGACCAAGCAGACACUGUGUGGAGGUCACACCUGGGCCCCGCCUUCAGCCCGGCCUGGGGGGCCCUGUACAAGCCCCCUCUGACCAAGAGACAGGGAGACCUGCAGUGGAGGCUGCUGCAUGGGGCAAUAGCAGUCAAUGCCUUUGUGUGUAGGGUGAACAGGGCUGUGGGGGAGGGCUGUCCCUUCUGUGGGGAGAGGGAGACAGUGGUCCACUGCUUCUGGGAGUGUGGGAGGCUCAGGCACAUGCUGGAGCUGCUGAGGGGCCUCUUCACUUCACUGGGGGCAGAGUUUAAUGCUCAGGUGUUUGUGGGGGGGGGUCAGGUACUCCAACCGCAGCAGGAGGAGGGGGCGGCUGCUCAGUUUCCUCGUCGGUCAGGCCAAGAUGGCCGUCUAUGUGAGCAGGAGGAGGAUGGUCCAGGACCAGAGUGA